AUUAUAAGUGUUAUGUAAGGAUACAUAGCCCGAUGAAAACUUGUGGGCACCAUGAAUUGCCAUUAUGAAAAAAAUAAAUAAACAAAUAAAACAAGAAAAAGCAGAAAGGAAGAAGAAACGAAAAGUAGAAUUUCUCUUUUGCAUUAUGAGAUUAUUAUAAGUUAAAGUUACAUAUAAUUAAUUGUUUUUCUUUAGCUUUCAAAACUCAGAUUAGCUGUCUGGGAAUGAAUGAAUGGAAGUCACAAAUUAUGGGAGGACACAUGUUAAAUUACAGUAACAAUCUUGUAACCAGGCAAAAAAAUGAUAAUAGUAAAAUAUUUGUUCCUGGGUCUUUGGUAGAUCCACCCCCACUAGCAGUCUUUGUUUUUCAAAUUUCAACAAUCAAUAGCUGUAGAAGAGGUGAGCAAUAGGUGGAAAUAUCCAUUCCGUUUUCUUUCAAAGAACUGAACAAAAUCAGGUGCUACUGGUCCUCAGAUUAAUAUUAGCUUUCUUUCAAUCUCGCUCAGGUGUGUGCAAAUUAAAAAGAAAACAUGGCCGCAACAUUGGUAGGGGGAGCUUUUCUCUCUGCCACACUUCAGGUGCUGUUUGACAGGAUGGCUUCUCGUGAGUUCGUGGACUACCUGCGUGGAAAGAAAUUCAAUCAUGGUCUGCUUAAGAAACUGAAGAUUAUGCUAUUAUCUGUUAACGCGGUGCUUAAUGAUGCAGAGGAGAAGCAAAUAAGAAACCAAGCAGUGAAGGAGUGGCUGGAUGAGCUUGAAGAUGCUUCCUAUGUCGCAGAUGAUCUCUUGGAUGAGAUUGCAACUGAUGCUUUGCAAUUCAAGUUGGAAGCUGGAUCAAGAGCUGGCACUAGUAAGGUAAGUAACGUUGUCCCAACUUCUCUGAAUUCCUACAAUCCAGAUAUGGAGACCAAGAUAGUGGAGAUCCUUGAGAGACUAGAAUUCAUUGCAAAACAGAAAGAUCUCAUUGGUCUCAAAGAGGGGGUUGGUGAGAAACCGUCGCCGAGAAUACCAACUACAUCUUUAAUAGAAGAAACUGUGGUUUAUGGUAGAGACGGUGAUAAGGAGGCCAUAAUCAAGCUGUUGGUAGCAGAUGAUGUGGGUAGCAAUAAGGUAUCUGUGAUUCCAGUAGUGGGCAUGGCUGGGGUUGGUAAAACCACCCUUGCUCAAUUAGUAUACAAUGAUGAGAAGGUCAAGGAGCACUUUGAGCUUAAAUCUUGGGUUUGUGUUACUGAAGAAUUUGAUGUUUUUGCAAUAACAAAAACAGUCCUUUCUGCAAUAACUUCGCAUUCUUAUGAGAACACAGACUUGGAUUUUCUUCAAAUAAGGUUGAAUGAGGGGCUAAUGGGAAAGAAAUUCUUGAUUGUUUUAGAUGAUGUGUGGAAUGAAAACUAUGUUAACUGGGAGAACAUGUUUAAACCUCUCAAAGAUGAUGCUCAAGGAAGCAAGGUUCUUGUGACAACACGCAAUGAAAGUUCUGCACAGAUCAUACGCACUGUUCCAAACCAUUAUCUUGAGCACUUAAAAGAUGAAGAUUGCUGGCAACUAUUUGCUAAGCAUGCAUUUGACAACGGACAUCGUUGUGCACGUCCAAGCUUGGAAACAAUUGGUAGAAAAGUUGUCAAGAAGUGCAAAGGCUUGCCCUUAGCUGCAAAAACACUUGGAGGGCUUUUGCGCUCUAGAGUAGAUGUUGGAGAAUGGGAAAAAAUAUUAGAGAGUGAGAUUUGGGAUUUCUCCGAUAAUGAGAGCAAUAUUCUACCAGCUUUGAGGUUAAGUUACCACUAUCUUCCCUCACACUUAAAGCGGUGCUUUGCCUUUUGUUCAAUUUUUCCCAAAGGCUAUGAAUUGGAAAAGCAUCAGUUGGUCUUAUUAUGGAUGGCAGAAAAUCUUUUGCAACAACCGAAGAGACACAAGACAAUGGAAGAAGUAGGCGAUGAAUAUUUCCAUGAGCUAGUUUCUAGGUCUUUUUUUCAAAGAUCAAGUAGUUCACAUGAAUCUUGCUUCGUAAUGCAUGGCCUUGUUCAUGAUUUAGCCAAAUAUGUGUAUAAGGAAUACUGUUUUACAUUAGAAGAUGGAAACUUAGAGGAAAUUGGGAUGAAGGUGCGUCAUCUGAUUGUUGCACCAUAUGUCUCUUUUGAGAGAUUUGAUUCUAUUUCUGAAGCAACUCAUUUGCGCACCCUCUUACCAUUAUCUAUAUUUUCAUUUCACUACUUGUCUAAUGAAAUAAUGAAUCAUGUAAUCUUGAAAUUGAGGUGUUUGAGAGUAUUAAAGUUUUCUGGCUGUAAAAAUUUGAAGCAGUUACCUGAAUCAAUUGGUGAAUUAAGGCAUCUGCGCUACCUUGACCUCUCAUGCACUCCAAUCGCUAGGUUACCUGAAUCUGUGAGUAUGUUGUACAAUUUACAGACAUUAGAUUUAUCAUUUUGUUGUAAUCUCACUGGACUGCCUAAAGAUAUGCAUCAGCUCAUUAACUUGAGACAUCUUGAUAUCAGUGGGAGUUACAAAAUAAAGGAGAUGCCAGAACAAAUAAGUAAAUUGAAAAAUCUUCAAACGUUGAGUACUUUCAUUGUGGGAAAAGAUAAUGGCACCAAGAUUGGAGAGUUGAGGGAGCUUUCACACCUUCAUGGAGAACUCUCCAUUAUGAAUUUACAGAAUGUUGUAAGUGCCAAGGAUGCAUCAGAAGCUAAGUUGAUGAACAAGAAAUAUCUUGAAGAGUUGUGGCUUUGUUGGAAUGGUGAUACCAAUGAUUCUAAACAUGACAGGGAUGUACUUGAUGAGUUAUUGCCUCACACAAAUUUGAAAGGGCUUAAGAUCUUUGGAUAUGGAGGUACAAGAUUCCCAAAUUGGUUGGGGGAUAAUUCCUUUGGCAACAUAGUUUCUAUUGAACUUUCAGGAUGUAAAUUUUGUAACUCUUUGCCACCCCUUGGACAGUUGCCUUCCCUCCAAAGUCUUCAUGUUGUACGGCUCAAUGGAGUAGUGAAUGUGGGAGCUGAGUUUUAUGGAAAUAGUUCUUCUAUGAUAAAGCCAUUUAUAUCAUUGGAAAGCUUACACUUCCAUUCGAUGUCAGCCUGGGAAGAAUGGUUGUCAAUUGAAGUCGAAGAUGGUGAAGUUUUCCCUAAGCUUAGGGAACUCAGAAUAACUGAUUGUGAUAGGCUAAUUACUGUUGAUUUGCCACACAACCUUCCAUGUUUGACAAAACUUAUACUUGAUGGAACUAAGGCUUUUGUUUCAGCACUCCCAAGGACCCCAUCUCUACGUAAGUUGAAGUUAGUCAAUUGCAAAAAACUACAGCUACAGGAACUGCCACAGACAGUGGAAUCAAUUGAAGUUGGAGGAUGUCAUGGUGUAAUAUCAUUGACUGAGACAUUAAGGAGAAGCCGAACUCCUUUUCUUCGAAGUCUGCAUAUUAAUAAUUGUCCUUCUUCAUUUAUAUUUCCUGCAGGAUGUUUGCCCAGUACUCUGACAGAACUAGAAAUCAAGAAAUGUGAGAAAUUAGCAUUCCCAUUUCACCACUCGCUCCAAACUUCCAUUCAAAGGCUUGUGAUAUCAGACAGUUGUAGUUCACUUGAUUUAUUUCCUUUGGAUUUCUUUUCCAACCUCAACGGUCUGUAUAUUAACAAGUGUGAUAAACUGUAUAGUCUGAGAGUGUCAAAUGGUUUAGACUACAGCCUAACAUCUUUAUCACAUCUGUUCAUCCAUGGCUGUCCUGAUUUCGCAUGUUUUCCUAAAGGCGGUUUGAAUGCCCCCAGUCUCACUCAUCUUUCAAUUGUAGCUUGUAAGAAUCUAAAGUGGCUACCUCAGGAAAUGCAUACCCUCCUCCCAUCUUUGCAAUUCUUGAGGAUAUGUCAUUGUCCAUUAUUGGAGUUUCAUUAUGAAACUGGUCUUCCUUCUAAUUUGCAAAAACUUAUGGUCAGAAAGUGCUCUACACUCGUUGCAAACCGAAUGAAGUGGAAUUUGCAAAGCCACCAAUCUCUAACACACUUUAGAAUUGGUGAUGAAGAUUGUGUGGAAUCCUUUCCCGAGGAAGGUUUGCUGCCUGUCACUCUUACCUGUCUUGAGAUGGAUAAACUUCCAUGUCUUAAAAGCCUGAACAUAAAGGGGCUUCAACAACUCACCUCUCUCAAAAAGCUAUACAUCCAUUCAUGUCCACAAUUACAAAAGCUGCCAGAAGAAGGGCUUCCAACCUCUCUUGCUUCUUUACAAAUCUAUGGAUGCUCUAUAUUGGAAGAAAGGUGCCAGAGGGAGAAAGGCGAAGAUUGGAACAAGAUUUCUCACAUCUCCAAGAUUAUAAUAUACAGUGAGUUGAUUUACUAAGAUACAUGCGGACAAGUAUCUAACGCUUUGUAGAAUUUACCCCCUUUCUCUCUAUGGGGACUGAAGACAGAGGAGCAGGGCCACUGUGAUGACUUUUCUUUCACUUCUCAACCAAUAUUUCUUCUUUUCAAUGAAUUGAAUGGGAUUUUAGUGUUAUAUAAAUAUAUAUAUAUAUAUAUAUACAUGUACGUAUAUGCUUGAACACGCAUGUUGGUCCUUCAUCUAUAUGUCUUUCCUGUAUUGCAGACUUGGAGAAAGUGUGCACUGUUAGGCUGAAUAAAGGGUAAAAGCAACGGGGGUGACAUUUGCUUUGGUUCCCCAAUCUUCUUUCUAAUUCCUAGUUCCUUUACAUACGUGCUGAUGUGUAAACUUUUCAAGCAUAUGAAGUUGUAAACAUUGUUUGAAAGUAUCUGUUUUUGUAUAGAAUUUUUGAGCUAUCCAUAUAUGGACUCUGGCGAGGAUUCAGGUUAUC